AUGUCUUCUGAGUACGGAGACUCCACGAAUCAUAACGCGGCAGGCCUCACCGCGGUUAUUGGUUGUGUCGUUUUCAUCGGUUUUCUUGUUACCACGCGAGUGUAUUCCAAAGUGUUCUGUUCGAAACAGAUUCAUUUCGAAGACGUUCUAGCAUUUGCUACCCUUGGUCCUUACAUUGGCUACACUUGUAUCCUCAUCUACUAUAUUAAGUUUUAUGGAUUAUAUACGAAUGAGCUCGAUGCGAAGUCUACGUCGGAUGUUCUAUAUAUGGUUAACAUUGGUUCCAACCUGUCCCAAGUAAUAACGAUGGUCAUGAAGGUUUGCAUUCUAAAGGAAUGGACCAGAAUAUUCGUACCAUGUCCAUCCAGAAAUUCGGUUUGGUGGAUAUGUCACGGCCUUGCUGGCUUGAACGUAAUAUUCUAUUCCACAAUGAUUGUGGUACUCAACCUUAGUUGCGUCCCAUAUGCUAGAAUAUGGGACAAAAGUAUCCCUGGGAGAUGCAUUGGCUAUACGCACCCAUGGAUCAGCGGGCCGAUCAUCAACCUGGUCUCCGAUAUUGCGAUUGUGGCUCUCCCACAAGGAAUCAUUUGGCGCCUGCGAAUAUCUAUGAAGAGUAAAAUAAGAGUCGCCCUAAUUUUCUUCUUUGGUGUGAAUGUCUGUGCCUGCGCAGUCGGGUCACUUAACGAGGGUAUCAAGCUAGUUCGGGGUAUUAGCCACAACGAUGUCUACAGUCGUUUCACAAUAUCACUUUGGAUAUACGUUGAAAUGACUUUCACCAUCGUUUCCUUUUGCUUGACUGCCGCCCCAAAGGCCUUCCGGGAUAUUUCACUCAAAAUACUAAAGUUGGCUCCGCUAUGGAAAUCAGAGAAGGGGCUAGAGAACGGUUCAAAGAAGAAGAUGGAAUCUCAAUGGCUCAUUGAGCACCCUCAGUCAUUAGCAAUAAGGGCAAAGUAUCAUGAGGUUGAUGAAACCACUUUCGGACUUACUGGUAUCGCAUUAAUAACACGGCCCACGACUACCAUCACCGCGUCAAGGUCGGAACAUUGUUUGGAAUCUCAGCAUCUAGCAAAUACUGGGAUUCUACGCACAACACAUGUGGAAAUCAAGGAAGAAUUACAUACGCUCAACAACUCAGAUGUAGAUGAAAGUGGUCCAGUACAUCCCCCAGCAGUCUUUUUUUCAAUAGCGAAGUCAUUAUGA